UGAUUCGAAGAGUCAACAAGUUUAACUCAAUUUAUCUCAAUUGGAUUCGGAUUUCGUCGGAAAAAUGUCGAUACAAUCUCUACGAUCAUCGUUGAUUACAGUGGCAAUCACUGGAAUUAUUUUCAUGUUACAAAUUCAAUUGUCGAUCACUGGAAAUGUUGGACAAAAAAAUAUAAAUCAAACCAACAUCUGUAAUAAGAAACAAGUGGAUAAAUGUGCCAUAUCGUUGGUACCAUUGACCGAUCCAGAAUUAUUGCAAAGACCACCAAAAACAUUGGCCGAUUUGGAUCAUUGGUGUCGAAAAUUCAAACGAUCCGAAAAGUGUGUUCGGCAAUAUUCCGAUCAAUGUCUGGUAAGUGAAUCACGACGUACAUUAUCCAUAGUGUUGUAUAGUAUAUCCAAAACAUUGCGACGUUAUUGUGGCCAAACAAAACGCAAACAAGAAUUGCUCAAUCUAUCCCAUUGUCUUGGUAACGAUUUGACAAAUGUUUCAGAGGUUUUAUUCGAACUAUCAGGAGAUAUGCAUGCAAUACGUUCGAUCGAACCGGCUAACAUGCGUAUUCCACUUUGCUGUUGUGGCUAUCAACGACGAAAAGAGGUGAUGAUAAAUUUAUUGGAACAUAAAUGUUCAACUUUUGUGGAAAUGAUGGAAACAAUGUUACAAGGAUUUACGGGUGAUUUAUUCAAUUAUGUUUGUGGCGAUUAUAACGAAGACUCGGAUAAAUGUCAAUACAUUAUCGAUAAAAUUAAACCAUGGACCAAACCAUUAGAAUGGAAAAGUUUUAUCCUCCCAGUCGUACAGAUUGUCGAAAGUCUUUAAAAUGUAAACAUGAUGAUUAUUUAUAUUGUGAAAAAUAAAAAAAAAAUCUCAGAAAAAAA